UGCUCAAUAGACACCAUGAGCAAAGCUCACCUCCCCGCCCCGUCUGAGCUAAAAAAAAUUUACAGACAAGAAGUUAUCGCUGAAAUUAAUGGUGGCAGACAUGUCCAAGGAAUCUUGUGGGGAUUUGACCCCUUUAUGAAUCUUGUGAUAGAUGAAUGUGUGGAGAUGGCAGCUAGUGGGCAACAGAACAAUACUGGAAUGAUGGUAACACGAGGCAAUAGUAUCAUCAUGUCAGAAGCCUUGGAACAAGUAUGAAGAAUGGCCGUGUUCACCCAAGAAACCAACUGCUUCUGUGUCCCCCUCUCCACAUCUCCUGUUUUACUACAACAUAAAAAUUGAGUCAUGUACAUUUUCACAUUGAACUUUUGUUAAAUAAAUUUUUGUACUGGUCAAAAA